UUUUGUAGCACAGGGCUUUCCUUCUAUCGUUUACAACAGUAAGCAGUCGUCAAACCCACUCACGACCAGCUUAUUAAAAGCAGAGAGAGAGAGAGAGAGAGAGAGAGAGAUGCGUAAAGAGAAAGAGAAAGUGGAGAGAAGUAAUCAUAGAAUGGCGUGAAAAGAGUAAAAUCCCUCCUCAGUCAUGUGUACCAUAGUCAGUGUUUGUUAGUGAACUGUUACUUUGUGUUUUUUAGGGCAUUUUUUCCGGUCAGUUGAAGUGUUUUCCUCGGGCUUUUCAAUAUCCUUUUGCGCAAUCGGAGCGUGAAUCGAUCAUUGGUUACUCAGAUCGAGGUCCCGGGGUUUUCCAGUUUGGGGCUUGAGAAAACAAGAGGCUGUUGAUAGCAGUGAAAGAUGAUAAGAAGAUAAGAGAACCAUUUUCCUUAUUCGAGGAGAAAGAGAAGAAAGCUAGUUGACAGAUUAAUUUUUAGUAGCACAUCAGAUACAGGCAUGUAUAAAAACCAACUGCAAGAAUUGGCUCAGAGAAGCUGCUUCAACCUGCCAUCUUAUUCAUGUGUCCGAGAAGGUCCGGAUCAUGCCCCCCGAUUUAAAGCUACUGUCAACUUCAAUGGAGAGACUUUUGAGAGCCCUACAUUCUGCUCUACGUUGAGGCUGGCAGAACAUGCUGCCGCAGAGAUAGCUCUGAACACACUUGCAAACAGAGGCCCUUCUAAGGUGCUGGCUUCAAAAGUUUUGGAUGAAACUGGAGUUUACAAGAAUUUGCUUCAAGAGACGGCUCACAGAGCUGGGAUAAACCUCCCAGUUUAUACAACAGUUAGAUCUGGACCUGGCCAUGUACCUGUUUUUUCAUGCACCGUUGUGCUUGCAGGAAUGACCUUCUCAGGGGAACCUGCUAAGACCAAGAAACAGGCUCAGAAGAACGCUGCUAUAGCUGCUUGGAGUGCCCUGAAACAGUUGGCUCAACGGAGGUUAUCUUCUUCUACUCCUUCCUCCUCUCUCUCAUUAGAGACUGAGGACAGUGAAGAGCAGGAACAAGUGGUAAUUGCUCGUGUUCUUUCUACUUUACAGCCAGCAGAAUCACAAAAAUCCCGGCAAGAUGAAAACCAGAGAUCCACUGCCGCCUACAGGGAUCCAAAUCAACCCCCACCAAGCUUAUACCCUAUGCAGUAUCAAAGUUGGGCUUACUCUAGUUUCCCCACUGAAAUGGCUAUGUAUCAAAUGUGGCAGCAAGUACAGUUAUUACAGCUGCAAAAUCGACUGUUGGUACAGUCAGUUUCACCAGCUCCACCCAGUCAGGUUCUUCAACCGAUGCAGUCUGAUCACCAUCCAUAUUUCUCAACAAGGACGCAAGAUCCCCUUCCUGUGGGCCCAUCAUUGAGGGGGCAAGAACCUAUUCUGGCAGUACCCACUUCGUUUUACAUGCCAAACAAGUUGACCACUAGUCCAGUUAGGGAGAAGUCCACGGUGACUAUUCGAGAGAUAAAGGAGGACAAAACUGAAGAAUCUUCCAAUUUAUGCAAAGCCGAAGUUCUUAAUCCCCUUCCUCUUCAUGACCACAGUAAGACUGAUAUGACAGCCCACGAACCAGUUCAUGACUUAGAGAAACAGAAGAGUGGUGUGCCUCAGGCUCGGAACAUGAAUUCUCAAUUUCGGCCUGUUCAGUUUCAUGAACAAACUCAGCAAAGUUUGGACUCUCACAAAUCCAAUCUUAGACUACAACACGUAACACAAGCAAGUUCUCACAGGAUCUCUAGACCAGCUGCAGUGUUGGCGGCGCCAGUGAUGUCAAAAACUGUGGGCCAGGCUUCUUCAGUGGGACCCAGAUUUCAGCGUACGGGGAAUCGGAUGCCUGCUCCAUUGCAUAUGAGAACUGGAGCUGCUCCAAAUUCUAUUAAUGUGGAAUUUGGAAGAGUGCCUUCUCACUUCAUGGCGCCUUCUGUUCAAAUCAGGUCAGUUACACCAGUCUGUUCUGCUCCUCCAGUGAGAAAUAUGACAAAUUCUAGCCAAGUUGGAGAAUCAUCCAAACAAGAGGUGAAAAGUGGAAAACUAGAAGAUCAAUCAGCAGCAGGUUCUGAAGUUGGGAAGCUUCAAAUGUGAGUGGCAUGGCUAUAUUUUCCAUGUGUUUUUCCUUCUUGCUAUAUGACCAUAUUGAGAACUAUGACUGGUGCCGAGGAGCUAUCAAUGCUUCGAAAUAAUUAGAAUCAAAUAAAAUACAGUUGGUUAGUAUCUCUUGGAAAUGUGGAAACGUAAAAUACUGGAGUAUUUGUUUAUAAUGUGCAUACAAGAUGGUUAGAUCUGAGAUUUUGUCUGUGGCUGAAUGCAUGAUUCUGUAAGCUAUACGCUUUUUCAUGUUUC